AUAAAUUCAUCAUACGUCACUUAGCUAUUUUGCAAAUAAUAAAAUAAAAUGGAAAUAUAAAUGUAAAAAUAAUUAAUAUAUAAAGAAAGUAAAAUUGUAUCCAUCCCGUACGUCUUAUAAAACACACAUUUACAAUGGACGAGAGUAACAUACCCAUCGACAUUAAUAUAGGAAAACUUCAAGAUUGGUUAGUGAGCAGAAGACACGUAAAUAAAGAAUGGCAGAAGAGUAUUCUUCCUGUAAGGGAAAAGAUUAACAAUGCUAUCCAAGACAUGCCUGCCCAUAAUGAUAUAGCUGCUUUACUAUCUGGGAGUUAUAUCAAUUAUUUCCACUGUUUGAAAAUCAUAGAGAUUUUGAAGGAAACUGAGGCAGAUACUAAGAAUCUGUUCGGAAGGUACGGGUCACAAAGAAUGAAGGACUGGCUGGAUGUGGUAAGGAAUUACGAGAAAGAUAAUCUCUUCUUGGCUGAAGCUGCUCAAAUGCUAGCAAGGAACAUAAGCUACGAAAUUCCUGGAUUAAAAAAACAGAUAGCAAAAGAGGAGCAGUUGCAAGUUGAAUGUGAAAAGAAAAAGAAUGAUUACUUGAAGAGUGAAGCAUCUACUAAAACUGAGUUUCUUAAUCUCUGCAAACAAUUGGGAAUCAAAGGGGACAAAAUUAAAAAGGAAUUGGUGGAGCGUUUAGAGGAACUUCCUGGAAUAUAUCAUGAGAUCGCCAGUUCGCUCAAGCCCGUCCGUCCCAGCAUAGAACUUUACUCUGCAUUCACAAAGUACAUGCUCGGAGACGAUACAUCAAAUGUGUUGCCGCUGCUGCAAUACAUAGUGGAGCACGGCAACACCACAGUGUAUGAGUGGAUGUAUGGGGAGGCUCCGUUGAGUGUGGAACCAGAUACUAUACAUAUUGAGGUGGACGAUGCCGAGCAGGGGGCUGGUGAUCAGAUUGACUUUGGAGACGAUGCAAUAGAUUUCGGUGCAACGGACGCAUCGGCAGAAAUAGAUUUUGGAGAUGGAGACACUGGCGGUGAAAUUGACUGGGGCAAUAUUGAUGCAGCUCCUGCUGAAGUUGACCUGUCCUCCGUAGCGGAUAUAUCAAUAGCGGACGCGGGUAUAGUGAUCGAGGAGCAGGGGGUGGGAGGGGGAGUGGCGCGGGGGAGGGAGGCGCUCACGUUACUGGACAACCCCAACACGAGGAACCAGAUCAUAGACCAGCUCGUUGAACUGGAGUCCUUCCUCAAAAUGCGUGUAUACGAAACGAUGAUAUCCAACGAGAGCCAAACGUUUUCGCUAAUACAACAAUUACCGACCGAAAGUGAAGAUGCAUUAGCGGCCAUGUUGGAUACAGUACAGGCGGCGAGUAGAGCGCUCACGGCGCCGGAGAUCGCGCACUUGCAUAAUGUGAAGCAUUCGCACAAAUACGUAGACGUGCUAACAGCGCAACUCCAGCAGAAGUUAGCAAUGUGCGACAAAAUGGCGCGUCUGUCAGAGCGAGAGGCAGAUAAGAAGAAAGCCGCGAGUGAGAGAGCGAUAGAACUACGCCCUCUGUUGACACGAUUGGUCGAACGGACUAUUGACUUGCAGGCUAAUAUCGAAAAGGAAAUAUCCAAAAAGUACAAAGGACGUCCCGUCAACAUCAUUGGAGGUGUGAAGUUUUUGUAAAAUAUUAAUUAUUCGACGAAUUGUUUGCAUAUAUUGAAAUAUAUUAUAUUUUAUGGUU